ACAACAAAUGCGAACUGUCAAAAACAACGUCAUUUUUCCAGUUUCCACGAAUUGUCAUCGUAAUAUUAUUGUAUGAAAAAUAAACAAUUUUAUAUUAAAAAUAUCUGGCCAGGGUUAGAAAAGUACUGCUUCAUAUAAUCAAAUAUGGCCAGCAACAAAGAGCGCGAGGAGCCGAUCGUUUUGGCACACCAAUGUUACUUGAAGAAGGAUUAUGCUUCCGCCCUGCAACACCUCAACGAGUUGGAAAACAUUGUUGGAACUUCUAAUAAACGGGUACAGCACAACAAAGCGGUAGUGGAAUUCAUGGCCAGUGAUAUGAAAAAUGUGGAUAAAUUCAAAAAAGCGGUGCUCCAACUGGCGGGCGUGACGUUUCCAGAUGUUGACAUAAAGGACCUCAGCUCCCCCUGUUUAUUAUAUAAUUACGCGGUCAUACUGUACCAUUCGCGGUACUAUUACCAGUGUACGGUUAUAUUAGAGAAAUUAUUGGCCACAAAAAAUAUUAAAGAUGCUAAACUGUUUCAGCAAAUUGUCUUACUUCUUCUAGAAUCUACCUUGUGUAGAAGAACUUAUGACAAAACUUUGGAAGUCGCCAAACACUAUGGGGAGCCUUUGAAAUUGAGUAAUGAAGUUAGUGAACUGUUUGAAAGACUUAUCAGCCGUGCACAACUACUACUUGGUCAGAAAAUAACAUUAAACUUGAAGCCUGACUCAAUAGAAAACAUUUUUAUACUAGCUCAACAAGUUUAUCUCAAUGGGGAUGUGAAAGAAGCUGCAAACAUGUUAGGACAGUACAAAACAUUAAAAUACAACUACGAUCUAAAAACCCAAGGGGAAGAUAUAUGGGCAGCUAUUAACAACAAUCUUGGAGUAAUAUAUUUGUCAAUAAAGAAGCCUUUUUUGGCUUCUAAAUAUUUUCAGCAUGCUGUGAAAGAACAUUUCAGAGCUAUGGAGUGUGAGGAUAGUGAGAGACUAAUUGUUUGUAGGGACAGACCACUGUAUGUGUAUAAUUUGGGGCUAGCCUUGCUAGCAGCCAACAACUCAGAGGGAGCAUUUGAGUGUCUAGUAGAAGCCGCCCGUCACUACCCAAACAACCCACGAGUCUGGCUCCAUCUGGCAGAAUGUUGUGUAAAGAAAUGCUGCAGUGACGAAGCACAACAAUAUACAGUCAAGAAACUAGGCAGUGGUCCACACACCCGCAUAUUAUUGUCAAAAGGUAAAGAGAAAUAUUCCACAGCAGGAGAAUCGUUUGCCAUACCUUCACUGUCAUUAGAAUUUUCAGCAUUAUGUCUGAGAAAUGCAAUCACAUUACUUCCGAAUCAAGAGCCUCCAGUAGAUGUGACAGCUCCUUUGAUCCAAGCUCCUCCUGGCCCACCAAUAAACUGGAAACAGAGGUGUGAAUUAAAGAACUCCACACUGGUACUACAGAGCUACGUAUUACUGCACUUACAAGAUCCACUGUCUGCUCUUGUGAGUGCAAAUGAGUUGUUAAGUCAGACAGAUGUAUCCAGCAGUCACAAAGCUUGGGCGCACAUAUACGCAGCGGAAGCCCUCAUAAAUCUAGACCGCAUAGUUGAUGCAGUCGAACACCUCCACCCACCGAUGAUCCAUGACCUAGUCUCUGUGCUUCCAUACCAAAUGAGAGACAUGAUCGCAGUCUCUGUCUGGGCUAAAGCAGCAGUGUGCCACAUACUCAGAGGAGAUUUAGUCACAGCAAGGAAAAUAUUACUACAAAUAAAUUCACCACGAGUCUUGCCGUUACAAAUGUAUUUGGAAAUAUGCACAGGCAAUAUAGAAAAUUGUCAUACAAUAUUGAGGAAACUGCGAUUCACAAAUCUAUCUCAAUAACAUUAUUUACUUUAUAAUAAAUUUAUAUAUACUAUA